GAAAGUUCGAAUCUUCGUGUAGCGUUCAAUGAAUUGCGCCAGUGACAAUAAAAAUCGUGAUAAAUAUCGAGUUCUUUUCGAAGUAUGCCGCGGAUGAUCUAAAGACUAGCAGUGAGUUGAGAUUAGGAUUUUGAUCAUUUUAAUCCUUCCCGUGGAUUUUUGAAAUCCGAUGGAUGAUCUCCCCCAGAAUGCCACUCAACAAUGACAGCAUCAUUGCUGUUCCAGAGAAAAAUGCUUCCGCGGUAGGGAACAUGGGCAAAGAUAUUCACGAGAAGAAGCCAGCGGACUUCGAGACGGCCAUUGCAGCCGCCGGAAGCGGAAAGUUUCAGUUCCUUCUUCUUCUGGCGGUCAUUCCAGCGGCAUGGGCAGGUGGAAUGGAUGCUACGUCCAUAUCGAUAAUUCUUCCGACCAUAGAGUGCGAUUUGAAGACCACACUGUUCCAAAAAGGAGUCCUGAAUGCCAUCUCUUUCGUUGGGAUGGUUUCAAGCGGGUUUCUAUGGGGCUACGUAGCCGACGUUCGAGGCAGAAGGUCUGUCGUCAUCUAUGGCUACAUGGCAGACGGAAUUUGCAAUAUUCUCACCGGUUUCUCGCAAAACUUUUGGACACUAGCGUCCUUUAAGUUUAUCAACGGGGUUAUACUAAGUGGCCCUCACGCAGCAAUGGUGACAUACUGUUCCGAAUUCUACGGAAUCAAAGGAAGAGGGCGAAUCCCCCUAUUCGUCGGAUUUUCUGUUAUAUUCGGGACCAUCGUGGCUGCAGCACUGGGAUGGUUGGUGGUCCCUCAACCGUGGUCCAUCGUCAUCUGGAACGGUGCUUUCGUUUUCAACUCCUGGAGAAUUUAUCUCUCUCUGUGCGGCGUCCCGACGCUGUUAGGCACCGUCUUUCUCUUCCUGUUUCCAGAGAGUCCGAAGUUCCUGAUGUCGCGCGGUCGUAACGAGGAAGCGAUGAAAGUCUUCAAAAUGAUUUACAAACUGAACACGGGAAGACCUGCCAACGAAUAUCCGAUAUUGGACUUGGCAGACGAAUCCUAUCACAAAGCGUCCAGCGACGCUAACCUGAAUCAGAAGUCUCAGAAGACAGCCAUUUUCUUUUAUCCGCACUUGCCUCGAAUCCUCUUGGUCACUCUUAUUCAAUUUGGAACGAUGUUGGCCACAAAUACUAUUCGCCUGUGGCAACCGGAGCUGUUCGCGAUAUUGGACAAUUUUGUAUCGCAAACUAAUGCAACAACAGACCAGAAAAUAACGUUUUGCGACAUCCUGGACUUCUCCACCAACGCAAAUGGCAAUUCCACGACAGACGGGACAAGUUGUGCCGUCAUAAACGAAUCGGUUUACAUGAGCACUGUUAUUAUAUAUACCUUUACAAUCAUUUGCAUCCUGGUGGCUACUCUCGUACUGAAGAUCAUUAAUCAGAAGAACUUGCUGUUCGUCUGUUACGGGGUGGCACUUUUCUGCAUAGUGUACUUGAAUUGGUCUUCUAACGCAAUGUCCACGUUGGUACUGAUGUGCACGUUCGUAGGACUGAUGACCACCAACCUUAACGUUGUCGUUAGCGCAGCUGUUAUCCUCUUCCCAACUUCGUUAAGGACCAUCGCAGUGAGCCUUGUGUGGACAGCUGGAAGACUAGGAUCUAUCGUCGGAAGUCUUCUUUUCCCAGUUCUGCUAGAGUAUGGCUGCCUGGCGCCACUGAUCGUUUUGGCAGGCUUCGUCAUACUUUCAAUCGUGUUAACCUGUUUCUUGGCCGCCGCUAAGAAGACCACGACCGGAGGAAGCUGCCUUCGCGCAAGCAUUCACGGAUUCGAUAUCGCUUCCAUCCGCCCAGAGUUCGCGCAGUAAUUCUUCGUUGAAAGUCAGUGAAGCGUUUCGCCGAGUUUUCGUUUGGUUUGCUAAGGGAAUAUCUCUGGUUGAAUUGGGCUAAACGAAGUGAAGAGCGCUCGAGGACGAGCAAAGGCCAAAGGAUCGCGAGGAUGCGAUAAAUUCAGAUGCGUUUGCGUCACGAUAUCCAAUUGCUUGCCAAGUUGUCGUCGAGGGAAGGAUACUUGGCGUAUCCUGUCUAAAAUAACCGAUAUUUCCAUGAAGUACAGAUGCGAUUUAAUACUCAAGCAUAAAGGACAGUAAACCUGACCUAAGACAUUCCAUUCAGAAUGAUAUCAAUUAAUCACACUUCAUUCCUGGUCACUUAUCUCACAAAGUAUAGAUUUAUCAUUCAUUGUAUACAGUUUUCUAUUGCCACAUUGUUUUGUACGCAUGCAGUAUUCAUCACUUUUCAUUCUACUUCUAUUAAAAGUAAUAAAAGUAAUACGAAUUCCAACCGCCUACGCUCCGGAAUCACACCAAAUCUGUUCAAAAUCCUCACGCUUCUUCUCACAGCUUUAUUAUUUUACGUGGAAGAACGAAGUCGUUGCGCAACGUCGUCGAUAGAAAUUUCGCAGCCUUCGACGUCCACCCUUCACGGUCGCCCAGGGAGGAUCGAUAUCGAUCCGAAACGAUGAUCGAGCGCCUCGAGGACGAAUCUUACGGUGUUCCUCGCGCAUCUGCGUGUGCAUACGGCAAGGAUGUGCACGAGGCCUUGGGUUUCACUUUCGACACAUCCUGGAGAGCCCUCCAGCCUUCACCCACAUGCUCGUUCUUCUCGAUCCCGUACACACGCCGCCUGGAGGCCCCCAACAGCUUUCGUGUGGACGGGGCUUUAUCUCGCGCCCGGGAUCUCGACACGUUCGCGGCGGCCACGUUGAUCGAGUAAUUACGCGUGUCCAUAAAAGUUCGUACGAGAAUUACAAUGGGAGAAAGUCAAGGCGUCGCGGACGCGCUCGAUCGCGACGCUCCUUCACGGUCUGUUCCUUGGUCAAACAGCACGAUCGAUCGACUGGACUGGUAUUUUUUCUAUUUUUUUCUAUUUCUAGAUAUCUCAGAAACUGUUUAGUGCUCGAGGUUGUAUAGAUCUGCCGGCUAUUGAAAUUGAAACGAAGCAGAGGUUGGCCAAUCUUUUAUUGGAAAAAUUGGCAAAAUUGUUUCUUCUAAUUGUUUCGAUGAACAUCACUUAGCUUUCUUUGAAGCAUUCUCUUGUUAGGUGCUUCUAUUUAAGAAUACGAUAAAGUUUCAACCUGUGGCUGCAUACAAAAGUACAAUCGCCGCUCAAACACUUCAAUUUUACAAUGGGCGAUGAAGAACAAGACCACGAAAUGGUUCCAAUGGGUUAAGAAAAUAUUCCCUCGCCAGCACGGAAAAAGGAAGCAACGGAAGCAAGAACCGUACCGUUCAAAAUUCCUGCGCGUUUCUUUGGUGUUCCCCACGAGAACAGAGUGGCGCCUAAGACAGCAUUCCGAAUAAAUUGCGGAAGGAAAGCAUGCGCGUUGUACGCGUGUACCGGUCCAGGGAAAAACGCGUUGGCAUUGCGUUUGCGUUCUUCCCUCGUUCGUCCUUUCCCUUAAAGGGGUAUAUUCAUUGCUGUGAGACUGACUGAGAAUUUACACUAAACAGUGGAUAAGACACUGAUAACUAACGAGCUGCUUCCUUGG